CCAGCUUCUAGAAGCUGCCUGCAUCCUUGGCCCCUGCCCCGCAUCACUCCAACCUCUGCUUCCGUCAUCACACUCUGACUCGGACCCUCCUCCCUCCCUCCUACAAAGACCCCCGUGAGUACACAGGGCCCACAGACGACCCAAACCAUCUGAUCUUCUCCCCAUCUCCAGAUCCUGCGUUGAAUCACACCAGCAAAAUCUCUCGACGUGUAAGGCCGGAGAGGGAUGUGAAGACUCAAAAUGACCCUCUUACCAGGAGACAAUUCUGAUUACGACUACAGCGCCCUGAGCUGCACCUCCGACGCCUCCUCCCACCCGGCCUUCUUCCCGCAGAGCCAGUCACUCAAGGGCGUCUUCUACCGCCGGGCCCAGCGGCUGCGGCCUCAGGAUGAGCCCCGCCAGGCUGGCCUGCCCGAGGACCGCCGGAGGCGGAUCAUCAUCAACGUGGGUGGCAUCAAGUACUCGCUGCCCUGGACCACGCUCGAGGAGUUCCCGAUGACGCGGCUGGGCCAGCUCAAGGCCUGCACCAACUUUGACGACAUCCUCAACGUGUGCGAUGACUACGAUGUCACCUGCAACGAGUUCUUCUUCGACCGCAACCCGGGGGCCUUCGGCACCAUCCUGACCUUCCUGCGGGCGGGCAAGCUGCGGCUGCUGCGUGAGAUGUGUGCCCUGUCCUUCCAGGAGGAGCUGCUGUACUGGGGCAUCGCCGAGGACCACCUGGACGGCUGCUGCAAACGCCGCUACCUGCAGAAGAUGGAGGAGUUUGCCGAGAUGGUGGAGCGGGAGGAUGAGGAGGACCCGCUGGACAGUGACAGCCAGGACAGUGAAGGCCUGGCGGAGGGUGAUGGCCACCGGGGCCACUGCAUGCGGAGGCUGCGUGACAUGGUGGAGAGGCCGCACUCGGGGCUGCCAGGCAAGGUGUUUGCCUGCCUGUCAGUGCUCUUUGUCACCAUCACCGCCGUCAAUCUCUCCAUCAGCACCUUGCCCAGCUUGAGGGAGGAGGAGGAGCAGGGCCAGUGCUCCCAGAUGUGCCACAACGUCUUCAUCGUGGAGUCGGUGUGUGUGGGCUGGUUCUCGCUCGAGUUCCUCCUGCGGUUCAUCCAGGCGCCCAGCAAGUUCGCCUUCCUGCGGAGCCCGCUGACCCUGAUCGACCUGGUGGCCAUCCUGCCCUACUACAUCACCCUGCUGGUGGACGGUGCCGCCUCUGGCCGCCGCAAGCCGGGCACAGGCAACAGCUACCUGGACAAGGUAGGGCUGGUGCUGCGGGUCCUGCGCGCGCUGCGCAUCCUGUACGUCAUGCGCCUGGCCCGCCACUCCCUGGGGCUGCAGACGCUGGGGCUCACCGCCCGCCGCUGCACCCGGGAGUUCGGGCUCCUGCUGCUCUUCCUCUGCGUGGCCAUCGCCCUCUUCGCCCCCCUCCUCUACGUCAUCGAGAACGAGAUGGCCGACAGCCCGGAGUUCACCAGCAUCCCCGCCUGCUACUGGUGGGCGGUCAUCACCAUGACAACUGUGGGCUAUGGAGACAUGGUACCCAGGAGCACGCCUGGCCAGGUGGUGGCCCUCAGCAGCAUCCUUAGCGGCAUCCUCCUCAUGGCCUUCCCAGUGACCUCCAUCUUCCAUACCUUCUCCCGCUCUUACCUGGAGCUCAAGCAGGAGCAGGAGCGGGUGAUGUUCCGGAGGACCCAGUUCCUCAUCAAAACCAAGUCGCAGCUGAGCGGCCUGUCCCAGGACAGUGACAUCUUGUUCGGAAGUGCCUCCUCGGACACCAGAGACAAGAACUGAGCCUAGAGCCCACCACCGCCACCCCCAGGACACCCCCAGCCCUGCCUGCGGCUUGACGCUAUCGCCAUCACUGCAGAUGCCUUCUAAGGUUCAUGCCAAUUCUGAACGUGGCCCUGGCCUAGGACUGACCCCAUGCACGCCCCUGGGAGGAUGUUCACAACAUCCCAGAAGGGUCCCUGCCCUCCUCAGCCAGCCAAGCUGGUCCCAGCACACAGCGUGACCGUCCCCGCCCGACCCAGCCCUCCAGCCUGUCCCUCGAUAAGGAGAUGGCGUGUUCUUUCCACCAUGUAAAUAGCCCGCCCAGCAAAGACCUGCUUUAUGGGUGUGCCUGGAGAAAAAA